GAGAAAUUGUAAGGGAAAAAAUGUGUUCAGAUGAGAUCUGAAGUCAGAAUGAAGGUACAGACUGAGUCAUUUUGGAUCUGUUUUGAAGCAAGUUGUAGCUUUGGAAUGGAGGGGGAGAAAGACUUCAAUUUGUACCUUUUUUCAGUUUUUCCCAUUGUUUAACUUGCACAGCCUUCAUACAGGUGAUGCUGUGAGACCAUAAUGCUUUCAAGUGAAGUAUCUGCGUGCUUUAUAAGACAUAGAAAAAUGUUUCUUUGAAGUAACUGUAAGGUUGUGACACAUAAUUGGCUUCCAAUUAGGGAUGGAAUGAUAGCCUUAAUUUUGUAUUUCUUAGCUUUGAUGGUUUGUUGCUUCUUCCUUACAUUUCUUUAUUUACUGUUUUAAAAAAAUCCUGAUUUUUAAAAUCAGGUAGAGACUAGAAUGCAACUUUCUUUCCCCAGUUGUUAGAUGGCUAUAAUGUAAAGGUCUUUUUUGUACAUCAGUAGUAUGUGGUUCCACAAUGUUAACAUAAGUAUAUUAAAAAUAAUGAAAAGGUGUGGUAUGUACCAAUUUUCAGUCAUUACCAUUUUAUGUUUGAAUUUUUUAAGAGUGCAGUCUAAAUUAGAAAAAGGUUCUUAUGUGGUAAGAUAUAUAAUUUAAAUAUCUGAAGUUAAAACACUUUUUAUGUUGCAUUAUUUUAAACAGGGCCAAACAGAGUUUUGUAAAUAUUGGUUUUAUAUAUUUUAUAUAUGUGUAUACUCUAUAUAAGUAAUCGUUCCUGGGUGCUGUGAUUUGUGUCAAGUAUGCAGCCAGACCAAUGUUUACAGUCAGGUUAAACUGAUAGUGGUUUCUAAUGGAACUGCUGACAUGAUCUUAACAACAGUGAUGCAAAACUCCAUGCUGCUUCUAGUGGCACAUAAUUACAUUUGUUGUUACUUUCUUAAUCCUAUAUUGGGGCAGAUAUUAUAAGUCAUUGCUUGUAUAAGGAAAUAAAUUUACAAUAGCAAGUGGUUUCAGGGAUAGAAAAAAUUGUAGAUAUGUGUGCAGGAGAUAAUGUAAAUAUUUGUAGUCCUGUGCUGUUCAGUUCAUUGACCUAAGAAGUUAUCCUGAGAUAACUGUUUUAAUUUGGACAGUGGAAGUUAGACAUUCGGAACAAGUGAUGGAUUUAAUUUAUUAAUAGUAGUAAUAGUACCUAGCACAUCUGUAGUACUUUUCACCUGGAAAUUUCAAAGCAUUUGUCAAUCAUUAAUUCUCAAAAAAGCUUAAAAAUAAGAAGUUUUGACUAUAGUGUUUUUAUUUUGUUUCAAAUAUUCAGUUUUUAUUUGGUGGUAUUCUUUUCUUUUUCAUUUCCUUUCACUCUUGAUUCCCCCCCAGUGUAUUGAUGAAUAUUAUUGAAGCAUCUUUUCUUUUGAUUGAGAACAUGAAAAACUGACUUUUAAGGGGAUGGCACUUGCACAUUGUGUAUCAGGGCUUGCAUCUGCAAGUUGGUGGUUGAGAGAAUCUUAUCUGAGACACAGUGAGACAGGGACCUCAAUCUAAGUCAUCUUUUAGUAUCAGGAUGGCUCCACUUCUCAAUAAAAUGAUUCCAUAAAGUCUACUUAGAAUUCUUUCAUUUCAAUGUUAUGCAUUUUCUUCUUAGUAAUAGUGGAUAGAAAUGUCUAAGCGUGUGAAUCCACUAGCAUUCAGAGCCCACCCCCCUCAUGUCAUUAAAAUUUGAGCCUAUUUGAAAUUGUUUCUCUCUAUAAUUCUGGUAUAUUACCAAGCAUACUUGGUAAUCUUCAUGUAGAAUGAGCCCUAUAAUUUAAUUAGGACUUUUACUCAGAAUUUGUGGUUUUGUGUGAGAACCUGGACACUCUCUGUUAACUUAGUUUGCUUUAUUUAACCUCCUCACUUUAAUGAAACAACACUUCCAUCACGUAUCUUAAAGUUGUUUAAGACAUACCAUCUCAUUCACAUCACGAGAACAAAUAAAAUACUGCCACCCUUACUUAUGUUAAGCUAAUGGGGCUGCUUGUGUGAGUAAAAGCUGCAGGAUCAGAUCCUUUAUAUUGAAAUAAGACAAUGUACAAUCUUGCUAUAAAACUUGCUGUGAUAGAAAGUGGUAACAUAUUUACUGCACAUGCUCAAUAGCACAUAUUUAAAGGGACAACAUUGCAAAAUCUAGUCAGUUUUUAAAAUAUUACUUUUCUAGUUAGUACUCCUGCACGCGAGUUUCCCUGACAAUUUGUGGUUUGUCACAUUUCCUUAAUUUUUAAAUAGGUAUCUUCUGUUCUACAGAAAAAUUAGCACAAACUACUGUCAAAUGUGCAAAGUAAACAAACUGGAAAAAGAGCUACCUUUUGGUCUAAUCUUUCAAUAAUAAUUGUAACUGUGAUAUGUUAAAUAGAUUAAAUUAAAAUUGCAUUUGUUACCAAAAUUAUGUCCAAACAAAUAUUUCUUUGAAGGUCAGAAAAAAUCCUGGAAGAAAUACCCCCAUCCCAUCCCCAGAGGUGAUUUCUCUGGAGAUGAACAAUGACCAUAGUUGACAAAGUAUCUGAGUCUUCAAACCCUGCAGCUUGUCAGAAGCAGCCUUGUAGCUCCGUGGUACCCUCUACUGGAGACAUGGACUCAGCCUCUGCAAGUUGGGGUGCUGUAUCAUCUUUGGAAGUUCCAAAGCACAAGAUCACUUUGGGACCAGUACCUGGUGCUGCAGUUUAUUCUAGUUCAUCUGUACCUGAUAAAUCCAAGCCUUCAUCUCAGAAAGAUCAAUCUCUUAGUGAUGGCAUUGCUCCGCCACAGAAGGUUCUUUUUCCAGCAGAGAAGAUUUGUUUGAAAUGGCAGCAAACGCACAGAGUUGGAGCUGGACUCCAAAAUCUUGGCAAUACAUGUUUCCUCAACUCUGCUCUGCAGUGUUUGACUUAUACACCCCCUCUUGCCAACUACAUGCUUUCUCAUGAACACUCCAAAACAUGCCAUGAACAAGGAUUCUGCAUGAUGUGUACAAUGCAAGCUCACAUUACGCAGGCGCUCUCUAACUCUGGCAAUGUUAUCAAACCUAUGGCUGUCAUCAAUGAUCUUAGACGGAUAGCAAAACAUUUCCGGUUUGGAAAUCAGGAAGAUGCACAUGAAUUUCUACGCUACACUGUUGAUGCUAUGCAGAAAGCAUGUUUGAAUGGAAGCAACAAAUUGGACAGACAUACCCAAGCUACCACACUCAUCUAUCAAAUAUUUGGAGGGUACUUAAGAUCAAGAGUAAAGUGUAUGAACUGCAAAGGAGUCUCAGAUACCUUCGAUCCAUACCUUGAUAUUACAUUGGAGAUAAAGACAGCUCAGAGUGUAAACAAAGCUCUGGAACAGUUUGUGAAGCCCGAACAACUGGAUGGUGAAAAUGCCUAUAAAUGUAGCAAGUGUAAGAAGAUGGUUCCUGCUUCAAAGAGGUUUACAAUACAUCGGUCUUCUAAUGUUCUUACAUUGUCUCUGAAACGCUUUGCAAAUUUUAGUGGUGGAAAAAUUACCAAGGAAGUGAAAUAUCCUGAGUAUCUGGAUAUUCGACCAUAUAUGUCUCAACCAAAUGGAGAACCAAUCAUUUAUGUUCUAUAUGCAGUCCUGGUGCAUACUGGUUUCAGCUGUCAUGCAGGACACUACUACUGCUAUAUAAAGGCCAGUAAUGGGCAGUGGUACCAGAUGAAUGAUUCUAUUGUGUCCAACAGUGACAUCAGAUCUGUGCUUAAUCAGCAAGCUUAUGUGCUCUUUUAUAUCAGGUCCCAUGAUAUGAAAAAUGGAGGAGAACACCCCCAUUCCAUUCAUACACCAGGACAGUCUUCUCCCCGUCCAGUUAUCAGUCAGCGGGUGGUUAAUAGCAGGCAGGGGGCAUCAGGAUUUAUAGGACCACAGCUUCCUCCUCACAUGAUUAAGAAUUCCAGUCAUUUAAAUGGAACUGGAUCACUAAAAGAAACUCCAAGCAGUUCUGUGGCAAGUGCUAGCAAUGUUACCCUAAACAGACCAGCUUCAGCUCCACCUUCAACUUCCAUUCAAAACUGGACAAUUAACAGACCCACUAUUCCUGAUCCUUCGAAAAAACAGAAAAUCACUAUCAGUAUUCACAAUAACAAAUUGCCUACUCGCCAAACUCUGUCUCAGCCCAACCUUCAUAAUUCUUUGGAGAAUCUCAGCAAGCCUGUUCCUUCGUCCACGAUUACAAAUUCCUCUGCAGUAAAGUCUACCUCAAGUGCACCUACAAUGUCAGUUGCUACUAAAGUAUCUAAACAAACAACUCCUAGUGAAUCUUGUUCUAAGCCAUUAAUGAAUGGCAAGUCUAAACUAAACUCUAGUACGUUGGUCCCUUACGGUGCAGAAUCUUCAGAAGAAUCUGAUGAGGAGUCGAAGGGAUUAGUUAAGGAGAAUGGCCACUCAAAAUCUUUUAAUGGAAUUUUGAUUGGAAAUGUAGUUAGUACAUUACAGAACUCUUGUUCUUCCUGUCAAGAUGCUGAAGAGGUUGUAUCCCAGCAUGAACUGCCAAAAAAUGUUACAGUUAAUGGUGCUAUUAGUAUAGAUAGUGAUCCUGAAGAAAAUGGAUUGAAAUUUGAUGAAUCUACUUGCCAAGUCAAGCCUGUUAAAUCUACAGAAAUUCCAUUUUCUAAAGUGAAUGGAUUGCAUGGAAAAAUAAUACCUACAGCUUUGCCACCAGUUCCUGAAGAUAGAAUUUUAGAGUCUUUCCGAUAUAACCAGUUGAAAAGCUUGUCAGAGGAAAUAAGUGCAACUGGACUUGAAAAAACUUCUGAAAAUGAUGGUCAUAUAGAAACUUUAGUGAGUGGCAACAGUACUAUUUCCUAUGAGAAGUCUAGUAAAGUUCCCACUAACCUGAGCUGCAAUGUCCAGAAUCCCUUUACUACAUCAGAUGGUGAGACCAUUUCUACCAAAGAAGAAAUUGCCGAAAGUAUUGUAUCAAAACCUGAUAAUGCACAUUCUGAUAUCAGUGGUCAGUGUAACACUAAGAAAAUAUCCCUGGGAAUUGAUGAUGAAUUCUCUAAACAGUGCAAUCCCAAGGAUUAUGCAGAUAAGAUAAGAGGAACACAAGAGGUAAAAAUGACUUUGAAGGAGAGUCCUCUGCACAUCAGAGGGUCUGCAGAGACUGCAGAGAAAUUGGGGCAAAGCCCCUUCACGAAGUCUGACAAUGAAUGUAGUUCUAAAAAACUUGUAGCUCUAAACAUUAAAGAUGAAUGCCAAGAAACAAAGGAGAGUGCUAAUAAUUACACAGAUGUACCACCUACUAAUGACUCUUCUGCUACAAGGUUGGAUAAAGUUUUAGAGAGUCAUUAUUCUAAAGAAAACGAUGGACUGGAUGGUAAUGAAAUAUGUGAAGAAAAUAAGGAUAGGCAAAAAAUUAAGUCUCAUUCUCCAGUCAAGGAAAGAAAUUGCACCCCCAAAAAAAUUGACAAAGGGCAUUACCGUACUAAAAGAGAGCGCUCUGAAAGUGAAGAGCAGGAGAAGCAAACCAAACGCAAACCAGAUGAUGAUUAUUCCAAAAAAAGGCAAUCCUACAGCAAGGAGAGUAUGAAGCAAGAUCGCUAUAAGCAGGAGCACUGCAAUGGAAAUAAGUACAAACUUACGCAUAGUGAAAGAAACAGCCCUGAUAAUGGCAGAAGUUUAGGAAAAUCCACCUAUUACAGAUCCCGAAGUAGAGGGAAAACUGAUCAGGAGAGGAGUAGAUAUUACCAUUCUAAAAGGGAAAGAUCUUGGAGUAGGGAAAGAUAUUACCAAGAUAUACCAAGGAGAUGGGACAAGUGCAGAUAUUACAAUGAUUAUCAUCCUUAUGCAGCAAGAGAUGGUAGAGAGAGAAAAUUCUUUCAUGGGGACAGAGACUAUGACAAAUCAAGUCAGGUUUACAACAUUAGGUCAUAUAGGGAUUAUUAUUACACAAGCAGAUGGAAUCAUGAACCAGUAGCUAAAGAGAGAGAGAAACAUCAUUUUGGCAGCUCCAAAAUAGAUUUAUAUAAUUGCUCAGAUCCCUCUCAGCACUCUGAAAAAUAUUCCCAUGAACAAUGUGCAUCCAUGUCUGAAGAAAACAAUUCAAGUUUUGAGAUGUCUUGCCACAAAUAUGAAUAUCUAAAAGACAGAAAAAGAAAAUGUGCUAGUCUAGAAGGUAGUGACAGUGAUAUGGAAAAGAAACACAGGAGUUUGCAAAGUGAGCCAACAGAAGAGCAAAAAGUGAAAAAACACAAGAAGUCAAAGAAAAAAAAGAAGUCCAAAGAUAAACACCGAGAGAAAGAUGAGAGAUAUCGCCAGGAUUCAGACUUCUCUGGGGCCUGCUCUGAUUCUGACAUCCACAAACAUAAGAAGAAGAAGAAGAAAAAGAAGAAACAUACAAAGAAAUCUGAGGGCUUUCUUGAAUAUUUAGAUCCUAAUAUCCAGAAGGCUGCUGGCUCUGAGACUAAUAAGACAUGGGAGAAAAAAGAAUUUCAUUGUACGGAUGACCCUCCAUCUGAAGAAUAUAGUAAACAUGGGAGUAAAUGGCCUCAUGAGGGAGGGGAUGCUGAUUCCUGUCAUAAAACAAAAUACAUAGGAGGAGGCCAGGAAAAUAGCUAUCACAUAUCUAAAGAGUAUAGCAAAGCUAUAGACCUACUUUGUCAUAAGGACCAUGGACACACAGUCAUUAAAUCUUUGGAUGGCAACUUUGCAUAUACAGAUGAAACCAGAUGGAAAAUUCAAAGUGUGUUGAUGGAAGCCAUCCCUACAGUUUAAACUAUAUUUAUAACAGAACAAUUAACUCUUCAAUCCAUAACUGGUGCUUCAGAAUACUGUACAGGAUUUUACCAUGGAAGAACUUUUUUUAGUUUUUACCUUGAGACUUUUUUUUAAAAUUUACCCAUAAUCCAAAAGGAUGGAAACUUUCUACAACUGCUGAACAUUGUAAAUAUCACACUGAAAAUAAUGCCCUGGAAUAGAACAUCUCAAAUGCUGCUUAAUUACAGACUCAGGUUGAUUAUGUGUUAUUCAUGUAAUAUUACUCCACGUUAAACUUCUGGUGCAAGCGACUAGCAAACCACAACUGACAGUCUGUAUAUUUAAUUUAAAGACUUAUUCACAAGCUUUCAGAUAACUAGAAUAUCUCUGAUAUCUGACACUAGAAACUAAUUUACUUCACACUUUAGCUGUAUUAAAGCUUUGAAGAAAAACUUACAAGAAAAGUUCUGGUUUGGAACUUUGUGAAACAUACCACUCAGCAUACACAGUUCUGAAUGUAUCUCCGAGACUAUUUGUAUACCCUCCCAUAUGUUUUUGUUACUUUUUUAUAUAGUGUCACUUGUCUUGACUGAUUGGUCUCAGUUGUCUGUUUUGUCCCUUUAAAGUUGCAGACAAAUUCAUACUGUGAUUUUAUUUUUAUUAUGAAAUGCUAUCAAACUGUGAUACUUAUAAUUCACUGGUCCUGCAUCAGGAGAUGGAGUGGGGAAGCUGUAUUAAAUACAGUUCAUCUGUAUAAUCUGUCUGGUUUAUACAAGCUGUGUUGUUCAGAGAUGUCUAAAGUUUGAUCUUUGUUUUUUUAAAGAUAAAGCACUUGCCCCACUGUAAAUACAUAGCAUGUAAAAUUUAUAUAGUAUAUAAAUACAGGAAAGUCAAAAGAGCUUUUUACACUGUUUACUUCUUGAGUUAUUUAUUCAACUUCUACCCAUUAGAACAGUGCACUGAAGGGCUGAAAAGCUUAAUUGUAGCUCUGCCUUAAUGUCAGAUGAUAAAGGGGGUGUGGUCAAAGCUCAACUAUAUUUAUCUUUUAAAUGAUUGGAUUGAUUCAUGUUAGCAGAGGGGAAUGACCAUUCUUCCAUCUGUUCCUAAUAUUCUAUUUUCCACCAAGUUAUGACUGCCUAUGGUGCUUCUGCUGUCCCCUGUGAAAGGCCUUAAGACCGAGCUUGUCAUAAAUACACUUCUAACUCUCCGCACUUCCCUGUGGCAACAAAUCAUGUAUUUACAUGAAAAGUAAUAGCUCAGUUGUGAGAAAGUAAACUUGUAGCUGCUUGGUUUUGUUCCCCAAGCCUCAUAUUUUGUACCUUACGCUCGUCUUAGUAGACUCUCCCCUUAUUAGGAAUGACCGCUACUGCUCAUCUCUCCAGUUUGUCUGUUUUACCUUACUGUGUUUGCUGUGAAAUCAGUUACUUGUUUGGUCAGAAAAGCUUGGAGUUUGAGCUGUUUUCUCUCUUUCAACAUCACUAAAACUGGUCCUUAGAGCUGCUGCUAAAUACCACUAGCCUAGGGUAAAGUUUUGCAUUCAAGAAUUUUUGGGAGGGGAAAAAAAAAGUAAAUACAAAGUAAGUUUGUGAUCAGGUUUCAUAGGAAACUCGGCAUUUGCCGUUGACCAGCUUUGUAAAAUAGCUUGCCCCAAAGGUAGCUUGCGACGGAAAACUCAAUUUGAGCAGUUUUAUUCUUUUCAUGUAGAAAAUAGACCUGUUUUUCCUGAAAGAUUCUGGAUGAGUGGAGAAUUAGUAGGUUUAAACAGGCACUAAGCAACUGAAACCUGAUGAAGAAAGUGAUUUUUGUCCAGAGUAGUUAAAGUUUGCUUGGCAGGAACUUGAGUUUAAUAUAAACACUUAGGGAAAAGAGAUGUCUAUUACAUCUUUAACAUGUACUCUACCUUUUCAGUUAAGGGCUGACACCUCUCAGUCUGCAUCUGAGAUCAAGGAGGCUGCAACCCAUGCCAUGCCUUGCCACGCCUGAUAUUUCAAAGCAGCUGAAACUUUAAUUCUCUGGCUUUGGAUACACCUACAUUUUCCUUUUCAGUGCCUCUUAUCUGAUUAAAGGAAAAGAGAGAGGUCAUUCAUCUUUGCACCCUGUCUAUCAAGAGAAGUGAGCAAGCAUCAGUUAUUACUUUACCCUAUUUAAAGCCCCAAAUGAGGAAAGUGUCUUCAGGAUAGCACUUACAUGCUUAAGUGGUUUACUGAAUAAUGCCUAGGUCAGAUAUUAACAUAAUGAAAGAAAAUGUCUGGUUUGUAAGGCAGAAUGAGCAAAAGUUAAGUAAUUUAAAGAGUCAUUGUGACCAGAGCUGAGACGGGAAGUUUUGGAUUUGAUAGCCACUUGCAUAGUAACUGCUUUUGGAGUAAGCUAAAUCUUAAUCUGUAUCAAAAUCUUGAGCAGUUGGAUCCCUUAUUCUGUACUUUUAUCCUCAGUAAACGAAAGGAGCUGGAUGGCUGUAUAGUUUCAUACUUUAUUUUAUUUUUCAAAAUGAAAUCUCACCACAGUUUAAACAUGUCUUACUGGUAAACGAGCCCAUUAAUAUUUGCAAUGGAUUUACAGAGUUAUAAUAUUACCUCAGACUUACUUGAUACAUAAUUUCCAUGCAAAUUGUGUACAAUGCGUAACAAAUCAAUACAUAGCUGUACAGUAUUUACAUUAACUUUAUACUGAACUGUAAAUAGAAAUGCUUUCCAAGAAAAUAUAGGAAAAAAAAUGGUAAACCACCAUUUGUAGCUUCUCAUCUACAAGAGAUCUAACUUUUCCAGCAAGCAUAUCUAGAUAGAUAUGUAUUAAAAUUUAAAAAUAUGCAUUGCUCUAUUUAUGAAGCAUUAUAAAUGCUGAGUUUAAAAAGGUUCAGUUUUGUACCAUAUGCUUCAAAAUGUUAAGUGACUUACUAAAAAGAGCUUUUUGUCAGGUUAUGUAGCUUUUUAAUCAGUCCAGCUGAUCUUAAGUAUUAUAUACACUUUCUUCCCUAGAUGACACUAACUGAAGUUGAAAUUAGUAGUGACCUAGGGCCAUGAAAGUUUUGGAGGCUGGCAGGGGCCAGAAAAGUAGCAGAAGCAGCAGUCUGUUGCCAGGAUCUCUGCCUACUGUCCCCAUGUUGCUUAACGGGUAGUAUAAAAAAACCCAAUCCUGCUAUGACAUCAGAACCUCUUAAGAACUGGAAAAUAGGGAGAUUUUUCAAUACAAACAGGACUGGGGAAGUCAACUGCAAUUAGAUUGUUUUUGCUGGCCUAGCCUCAGAAAAAGCAAUUGUGCUUUAGGCCAUGAUGGUGGCUUGCCUUAAGCUCAUCCUAACCUUAAAUCCUCACGAGAGAGGCCUUUUCAUCCCCUCAUGGACAGUACCUAAUCUGGCCAAAAUUUUCAUAAGUCUAGUAAAAAAUUAAUUUGCAAAGAAAAAUGGUUUAAGGCCAGUGGAAAUUUUGGCUCAAUUUCAAUCCCUGCUAAUACUGCUACAGAGAA